AUGGUUACUUCUGUGACCAUCAUCUGGACAGCCUCGCGUACGUCCGGGUUAGAACCACCUGGUAUGCGGCGUGGUGUUGGGGAGACUUCACGGGAUGUCGGCUGGCUGCUCAUCCGGAUGUUUCGACGCUGCUGGAGUCUCUGCCGCUGCAAAGAGCAAAGCGCUGCCACACAAAGACGCUGCGCCAUCAAAGCAAAAGACGCUGCACAGAGCAAAGACGCUGCACAAGCAAAGACGCUGCACAAAGCAAAGACGACAAAGAAACGCGCACAAAGCAAAGACGCGGCCACAAGAAAGACGCGGCACAAAGCAAAGAGCGCCGCAAAGACGGCGCACAAAGCAAAGACGCGGCACAGCAAAGACGCAACAAAGCAAAGACGCGGCACAAGCAAAGACGCGGCACAACGCAAAAGACGCGGCACAACGCCAAAGACGCGGCACAACGCAAAGACGCCAAACGCAAAGACGCGGGCAAAACGCAAAGACGCGGCAAAAGCAACGCGGCACAACGCAAAAAGACGCCAACAACGCAAAGACGCGGCACAAGCAAAGACGCGGCACAACGCAAAGACGCGCACAACGCAAAGACGCGGCACGCAAAGACGCGGCAACGAGCAAAGACGCGGCACAAAGCAAAGACGCUGCAAACGCAAAGACGCGGCACAACGCAAAGACGCGGCACAACGCAAGAACGCGGCACAAAGCAAUUGCAAAGACGCUGCACAACGCAAAGACGCGCACAACAAAGACCGCGGCACAACUCAAAGACGCUGCACAACGCAAAGACGCUGCAAAAGCAAGACGCUAAAGACGCUGGCACAACGCAAAGACGCUGCAAAGACGCGCACAACGCACGCUGCACAAAGCAAGAACGCGGCACAAGAAAAGACGCUGCACAAAACGCUGCACAAAGCAAAGCACGCUGACACAAAGAAGACGCUGCACAAAGCCAAGACGCGCACAAAGCCAAAGAACGCUGCACAAAGCCAAGACGCUGCACAAAGCCAAGACGCUGCACAAAGCAAAGACGCGGCACAAAGCAAAAGACGCGGCAAAAACAAAGCAAAGACGCGGCACAAAGCAAAAGAGCGGCACAACGCAAAGACGCGGCCACAACAAAGACGCGGCACAACGCAAAGCGCGGCACAACGCAAAGACGCACAACGCAAAGAACGGGCACAACGCAACGCGCACCGCAACAACGCAAAACGCGGCACAACGCAAAGACGCGGCACAACGCAAAGACGCAACGCAAAGACGCGGCACAAACGAAAGACGCGGCACAACGCAAAAGACGCGGCACAACGCAAACGCGACAAAGCAAAGACGCGGCACAACGCAAAGACGCGGCACAACGCAAAGACGCGGCACAACGCAAAGACGCGGCACAAAGCAAAGACGCAAGCAACGCGGCACAACGCAAAGACGCGGCACAACGCAAAGACGCGGCACAAAGCAAAGACGCGCACAACGCAAAGACGCUGCACAACGCAAAACAACGCAAAGAGACCUGCACCGCAAAGACGCGGCACAAAGCCAAAGACGCGGCACAAGCAAAGACGCGCACAACGCAAAAGACGCGGCACAAAGGCAAAGACGCGCACAACGAAAGACGCUGCACAAACAGCAAAGACGCUGCACAACAAAGACGCGGCACAACGCAAGACGCUGCACAAAGCAAAGACGCGGCAACAACGAAACUACUGGGUUGUUGAAACACAAGUAUCAACAACUGGUAUAAUAUAUUGCAACGUCAACAACUACAAGGCACAUUUCUAA